GUCGGCGAAAAAGUUGCACGGAAAAAAAGAAAUUCUAUAGGAAAUUUCCUGUGGAAUUUUGCCAUAUAAAAAAUGGAAAUCUUUUGAUUGGACAAGUUAAAUCGAAUUAUCGAUUACAAAAUAUUUAUUUAAACCCAUUCGUAUUAAACUUGAUAAAAAAAAAAAUAUAUAUUUCCAAAAGGACUUACAAUAUUAACCAUGUGUAUAAGAGACAGAUCUAAUAGUAAACUCAGUGAAGACCAAUUAAGAGAAUUGCAGAGGUGUACUUAUUUUAAUAAAAAUGAGCUUCAGCAAUGGUAUAAAGGUUUUUUGAAAGAUUGCCCUACGGGCGAACUUGAUAAAACAGAAUUUCAAAAAAUAUAUAAACAAUUUUUCCCCUUCGGUGAUCCUUCGAGAUUUGCUGAAUACGUGUUCGAUGUGUUUGAUGAAGAUAAAAACGGCAAGAUCGAUUUUAAAGAAUUUAUAUGUGCAUUAUCGGUCACUUCUCGAGGAAAGCUGGAUGAGAAGUUAAUAUGGGCUUUCCAACUUUAUGAUAUCGAUAAUGAUGGAUACAUAACACACGAAGAAAUGUUACGGAUCGUAGAUGCCAUAUAUAAGAUGGUUGGCAGUAUGGUAAAAUUACCAGCCGACGAAGACACGCCCGAAAAACGGGUGAAUAAAAUAUUCACCCUAAUGGAUAAGAAUCAUGACGGCAAGCUUAGCAUGGAGGAAUUCAAAGAAGGGUCAAAACAAGAUCCUACAAUUGUUCAAGCUCUAAGCUUAUAUGAUGGUCUUGUAUGACAUUAUUUAUUUUUAAUAGAUAAUUUUUUUUUUGUUUAGCUUAACAGAUAUUUGGUUAUAAUUUUUUUUUAUUGUACAGUAAUAUUUUAUUAUUAUUAUA